AAUGAGUCGAUUAAUAACGUGCAAUUUUAAAAUGAAAUUAUUGGUAAUUAUUUUUUUUUUAAGUUCAGCUUUUUCAAGUGAAAAUAUAUCUUUGGAGAAACUUCCUAAAAAUAUAUCAGUAUUAUUAAAAAAUGAACGAUUAUUUGAUCAAUAUAUUAAUUGUAUUUUUGAUCGUGGUCCUUGUACUUCUUACGGCGAAAGAAUUAAAGAAGUUUUACCAGAUUUCUUCAAAACCGAUUGCUCAAAUUGUUCUGAAAAGGAAAAAAAUUUGAUUAAGCAAACCUUAAACUUCAUUAAAGAAAAUAAACCAAAUAUUUAUAAGGAGAUAAAUGAAAAAUUUAAACCUCCAAGACGACCUAAAUCAUUGUUCGAAGCAAUAUUUGGAUUUUAA